GUUGUACCUUGCUUCCCAGGUGAGCCAGCCAGCCAGCGCGCGCACGCACCGCCGCCAGUCCACCGCCGCCGCGGCCCAGAUCCCUCACCGGGAGCGAGCGGCCACCAAAAUGAGGAGCACGGGUGCGGCGGCCACCGUGACGCGGCUGGCGCAGCGGGUGGUGGCCCCGUCGGCGCCCACGCCCCGGGGCCAGCUCCCGCUCUCCUGGCUCGACCGCUACCCGACCCAGCGCGCGCUCAUCGAGUCCCUCCAUGUCUUCAAGGGCCGAGCUGACGCGGAGGCGCCCGCCAGGGCCAUUGAGCGCGCGCUGGCCGGCGCGCUGGUGAGCUACUACCCCAUCGCCGGGAGACUGGCGGUCUCGGCGGACGAGGGGCAGCUGGUGGUGGACUGUACCGGCGAGGGCGUGUGGUUCAUCGAGGCCUCGGCCAGCUGCACCCUGGAGGACGUGGACUACCUCGAGUACCCGCUCAUGGUGCCCAAGGACGAGCUCCUCCCGCACCCUACCUAUCCCCCCGAAUCUGACCCCCUCCCUGAGGACUCGCUCAUCCUCCUUGUCCAGGUGACGCAGUUCGCGUGCGGCGGCUUCGUGGUCGGGUUCCGGUUCAGCCACGCGGUGGCGGACGGGCCGGGCGCGGCUCAGUUCAUGACGGCCGUCGGUGACAUGGCGCGCGGGCACGCGGCGCCGCUGGUGGCCCCGGCGUGGGGCCGCGAGGCGAUCCCGAACCCUCCCGGCGCGGCGGUGGGCGCGCUCCCCGUCCCGACGGAGCUCCGGCUGCAGUACCUGGCCAUGGACAUCUCGACGGACUACAUCGAGCACUUCAAGUCCCGGUUCCUGGAGCAGACGGGCGGGCAGCAGCGGUGCAGCGCGUUCGAGGUGCUCAUCGCCAAGGCGUGGCAGUCCCGCACCCGCGCGGCGAGGUUCGAGCCGGGCUCCCCCGUGCACGUGUGCUUCGCCAUGAACGCGCGCCCGGCGCUGGCGCGCCUCGGCGACGGCAAGCCGCCGGCGCCGCUCCCGGGCGGGUUCUACGGCAACUGCUACUACAUCAUGCGCGUGUCGGCGGCGGCCGAGGCCGUGGCGGACGCGUCGGUGUACGACGUGGUGAGGCUCAUCCGGGAGGGCAAGAAGCGGCUGCCCGCGGAGUUCGCGCGGUGGAGCGCGGGGGACACCGGCGGCGUGGACCCGUACCGGAUCACGUCGGACUACCGGACGCUGCUGGUGUCGGACUGGUCGCGGCUCGGGUUCGCGGAGGUGGACUACGGGUGGGGCUGCCCCGUGCACGUCGUCCCGCUCACCAACCUCGACUACAUCGCGACGUGCAUCCUGGUCCGGCCCUCCGCGCACAAGCCCGGCGCCAGGCUCAUCACGCAGUGCGUCGCCGCCGACGCCGUCGACGCCUUCCACAGGGACAUGAUGCGCCUCGACUGAUAGCACGCUUGCUAUUAUUGUUAAUCACAGUUGCAUAAUCUAAUUCGUUCGUUCGUUCGUUGCUGUAUCCCAUGAUUGGGUAGUUGAGUAUACUAGUAGAAUACGUCUAGGUGCAUGACCAAUGCAUACAGUAUGUGCGUGCCUGUAAUGGGAAGCAUUGUUUUAUUCUUCUUCCUUGUACCGACGGAAAUUCGCUGUGCUUUUACAUGUUGCAUGUGAUUAGGGAGCACAGCAAGUUACUCGAGCAACGAGUAGGUGGGGAGCCACUUUCUGAUGUCCCCUCUUGCUUAAGCAACUGGAAAUGGUGCUACAGAGAGUCCAGGCGUCGCGAUCUGUUGUUUUGUCA